CCAUUUCUAAAUAAAACCCGACAACGUUCCACUUCUCCAGUUUGAUUAUCGUACUUUCCGUUUCCGAAAACGUAAAGGACAUCUCCGUCCAAUUGCGGGAUUGCUUUUUUUUUAAAGGAGUAAAGCGAUCUCCCUCUACUCCCCUCCCAAUAUGAAGACCCUCACACCGGAAGUGCAGUGGGAGGGGGAGUCUUUUUGCUGUGAUACAGCGACGAGUAAAAUCUCCCCUCCCCCAUCCCACCAACCUUUCCGAUGAGAGAACAUAGUGCGCCUGUGCAGUAGCAGGGAGGACUUUAGAUGUAACACCGGAGCCACUGCUUAAUUGUCAGAAGAGGGAAAUGUUGUUCUGAGCCCCAGUCCUGGUCCUGAAGGAGGGAAGAUAAACGAGUGACGGCUGCAAAUUCAAAUCACCGUCUUUGAAGCUGAAUGAGUGUCAACUAACUAAUCCAACAUGUACACCUGUGAUAUUUGUGGGCAAGGUGGCUUGUCAGAACCAGACAUGAGGACACACAUUCUUAUCAUGCAUGAAGAAAAUGAGUACAGUUGUCCAAUGUGCAACCUGUCAGGAAUCAGUUAUAAUGAAUUGAUGUUCCAUAUAGAAACUUCCCACAGUGAAGUGAAACCCGUGGAUGAUAAAAAGAUGAUGUAUUCUGUAGAUAAAGAAGAUGUUCUUGAUGUUUCACUUCAGGCCAGUAGGUUGACUGAUUUAAAACAUGAAACAACUCCAGAACUACAAGAAUUUGGAGGGGACCGGAUGGAAAAGCUUCAGAUGUCUUGCUGUGCUUCACCAUCCAACUGUGAGAGACCGUUUAGACAGAACAUAAAGCAAAAAGGUGAACCCAAAAGAUUAAUACAAUCAGAAUCUGUGAAUGGACACUUUUCAGGAACUGUUUGGAGACAACCUGAGCAAGCACUAUUUGACAACAGUAAAGAGCCAAAAAACAAUGGACUUUGUAGUGCUUCUGAAGAAUCCAUGAAGUCUGAUGUCCCGGAAUGUCCUUUUUGUGGCCUUAUUGGAAAUGCAGGAGAGGAUCUAAGUGAACAUGUUAAAAACAAACAUGCUGAGAUCGUGGAAACCCCUCAGAAAGGUUCUAAAAAGCAACGGCUCUAUCCUUGUCCCAUGUGCAAACUGGUGUUUUCAAGUUGGCAAAUACUUCAGGAACAUGUUGAGUUACAUUUAGCUGAGAGCAGAGCUGACGAAUGUGUCCUGGCUGAUCGUCAAUUAGCCCAAAAGUUACAGGAGGAUGAGGAACUACAAAGAAAGGCUAUUGAAACAAAAAGAGAACGGGAUGAAUUUCAAAAACUUCAGCGGCAAUAUGGGUUAGAUAAUGGUGGAGGAUACAAACAACAAAUGAUGCGCAAUAUGGAGAGGGCUGUGGCACAGGGUCAAAUGAAUCCUGCGGACUACCACCGUAGAAGAGCAGAAGUAAUGGAGACAUUAGCAUUUGGAGAAGAUGAUGGCAGAACUCGGACUUCAGGCCUAAUUAAGAUGCUAAAUGAUUAUUAUCAGAAAAAUGGUGCAGAAAUAAGGCAUGUGUUUCUGUGUGCAGAAACUGAUCACUACCAUGCCUCUUUAGGAGACAAAGGCUGGGGAUGUGGAUACCGGAAUUUUCAAAUGCUUCUUUCCUCACUUCUGAAGAUGGAAGGGUAUAAGCGUGAUUUACAUGGCAUUGCAAUCCCUUGCAUUCCAAAAAUCCAGUCUAUGAUAGAGGAAGCAUGGAAGGAUGGUUUUGAUCCUCAAGGUGCUGCACAUUUCAAAAAUAAAUUGCAGGGAACUCGAGCUUGGAUUGGAGCAACAGAAAUCUAUACUUUAUUGACUUCCCUAAGAAUAAAAUGUCAAAUUGUUGAUUUCCAUCACUCGACUGGACCGUCUGACACACAUCCUCGUUUAUUUGAGUGGAUGUGGCAGUUCUAUUCUUCAGGCAGGGAUGCAGGACUGAGGUUACAAUCCAAAGUUACAUGGACUAGCAAGCCACCAAUCUAUCUACAGCACCAGGGUCACAGUCGAACCAUUAUAGGCAUAGAAGAAAGGAAGAAUGGAACACUUUGCCUUUUGAUUUUUGAUCCUGGCAACCAAGAAAUGCAGAAGCUUUUGCAUCGUGAUAUUACUGCAGUCAACCUGAAAAUGAUUCGUAGGUUUAUUGGAAAUAUGAAACAUAAGCAGUAUCAGAUAGUGGCAGUGAAUGGCUUUCUAACAGUGGAAGAGAAAAAUGCUUGUAAGCAUGCAUCUGCAGUGUUGACAGCAGAAAAGAUACCAUAAUGGUAAUUCGCAUUUGGAUUCACCAGGCAAGAUGAGAGAUUUUCUUUGUGGGUCAUUUGCUGAUCUUGGAAUUACAUAAAUGAUUAACAUGAGACCUUAGAUGUUUUAACUUUGCAUUAAUACCUCACUGUGCUCAUUCUUAAAUGUGACAGGCCAAGCCGUGAUCGGUAACGUGCAUCGCAAAUCUCUAACAAGUUAUGUUUCUUAAUGAACACAAUUCUGCAUUUUUGAGAGUUUGACAACAGGUCAAAUAUUCAUUUUGUUACUGACCUAAUGUUUGCCCUGCGUCAUUCUCUGCUGGAAGUGGUAGCAGGACUGGUGCUCCUUUUUGUGCAUAUAUAAGCAGCAUGUUAAACUGCAGACCACUGGAGCCUGUAAUAAUUAUGGUUAGCGUUAACCACUUAUGAACACUUCAGGUUAGCUUGUAUAUGUUUUAUAUUUUUUCUAUACACAUUGCACAUUAUCACAAAGAGAUAAAACUGAAAAUAUAUUCCAAG